GUCCCGGCGAGGGAGCGGCGCGAGCGGCCAGCGAGUUGGCGGCGACCCGAGGGCGGCCCGAGGCCCGAGGCCCAGCGCAGGAAGGAAAGACCUAACCCCUGGGCCUCCCUCCGCAGCGAUGUCCGAGCUCAGUGACGAGGCCAGCGAGCCGGAACUCCUGAGCCGCAGCUUGUCCAUGUGGCACGGGCCGGGAACGCAGAUCAGCCGGGAGGAUCUGGAUGUCCCCUUGGACCUUCACACGGCUGCCUCCAUCGGCCAGUAUGAUGUGGUGAAAGAGUGCGUGCAGCGGAGGGAGUUAGAUUUGAAUAAGAAGAACGGCGGUGGCUGGACUGCGCUGAUGUACGCCUCCUACAUCGGACACGACACCAUCGUGCACCUGCUGCUCGAGGCAGGGGUGAGUGUGAAUGUGCCGACCCCGGAAGGGCAGACUCCACUGAUGCUGGCCUCCAGCUGUGGCAACGAGAGCAUCGCCUACUUUCUCCUCCAGCAAGGUGCUGAGCUGGAGAUGAAGGACAUUCAGGGCUGGACCGCCCUCUUUCACUGCACCAGCGCCGGCCACCAGCAGAUGGUGAAGUUCCUUCUGGACAGUGGAGCGAAUGCCAACGUGAGGGAGCCAAUAUAUGGAUUUACUCCUCUGAUGGAAGCAGCAGCCGCUGGCCAUGAGAUAAUCGUGCAGUAUUUUCUGAAUCACGGUGUCAAUGUGGACACGAGAGACCACAGUGGAGUCACAGCCCGGAUGCUGGCCAGGCAGUACGGACACAUGAAGAUCGUGGCCUUGAUGGACACUCAUUCGCCCUCUCUGCCCAAGAGCCUCUACCGGAGCCCAGAAAAAUAUGAAGAUCUGAGCUCUUCGGAUGAAUCGUGCCCUGUUCCUCAGCGACAGAGGCCCUGUCGGAAGAAGGGGCUCAGCAUCCAUGAGGGGCCACGAGCCCUGGCCAGGAUCACUGCUAUGGGACUCGGAGGCAGGACCCUGCAGCCCAGCUACGAGCAGGUGCCUCCACGGGGCUAUGUCACCUUCAACAGCAGUGAUGAGAACCCCCUGGAAGGGGAGGGCCUCUGCUACCGGGAUGUCACCUCCCCAAUCAACGACCGGGAUGUAGAGAGCAGCAGCAGCAGCAGCCGGGAGGAGCACGUGUUCUGCACCAACCUUGGGACUGUGAGGAGCAGCAGCAGCAGUGAGGGCCUGGCACGAGCCCAGGGACUCAGCAGUGAAGCCUCUCUGGAGAGCAAUGACGACUCAGAUCACACACGGAAAAACUCAGUUCGCAAACAAACGAAAAGUUAUAUGAAGGCCAAGAAUCGUUGCAACAACAGUGACAGCCAGAUGCCUCCCAGCACUGGGACUUCCAGGACAGCCUGUUCCCCAGGAUCUACUCCCCAAACUGAGAAGCUCCCCUACUCAGGACCCCAGGAUCUUGCUGCGCUGCUGGAGCAGAUUGGGUGUCUGAAGUACCUGCAGGUGUUUGAGGAACAGGAUGUGGACCUCCGCAUCUUUCUGACCCUCACCGAGAGCGACCUGAAGGAAAUUGGCAUCACGUUGUUUGGGCCCAAAAGGAAGAUGACUUCUGCCAUCGCCCGCUGGCACAGCAGCGCCCACCCCCCCAGUGAUGCCCUGGAGCUGGCCUAUGCCGACCGGCUGGAGGCUGAGAUGCAGGAGCUCGCCAUCCAGCUGCACAAACGCUGUGAGGAGGUGGAGGCCAUGCGCGGCCAGGUGUCCCAGGAGCAAGAGCUGCGGGCCGUGGUGGAGAGCUGUCUGCUGGAGCAGGAUGGUGCCCGCAAGGCCGUCCACACCCAGCUGCAGGAGACCUGGGCCCUGGCCCGGGAAGCUGCCCUCAUCCUGGACCAGCUGCGAGCCUGUCAAGUUGAGCUGUCAGCCCGAGUGAGGCAGGAUCAGUCCCCCAGUGUGGCCACCCUGGGCCCAGCCCUCCUGUCAGCUGACUCCAAAGGCUGGCAAGUGUCCCUGCAGGCCAUGAGCCUCCCUGAGCUGUCAGGAGCCCUGGAGGACCACAUCCAUGAGAUGGGGCGAGCACUAUGCUCAGUGACCCAGAGCCUGGAGAAGCUGCAGGUGCUGAACGGGAAGGAGAAGUGGCGGGAGCCCUAGCUGGGAGGGAUGAAUCUGACGUUGGGUGAUUGAUCCACCCUGAAGUUGUGUGCCAGGAAGACAGGACGGCAGUGAGCAGGCAGCUGCAGCAGCUCAGGCCCCAGUCCGGGCCGGAAGAUCAGGCCCCAGGGACCAGCCGGCAGACAGAGGCAGGACGGGGCUGCAGCCCCUGCCCAGGCAGCUCAGGCUAGCACUGAGGCAGGAUGAGGACUUGUCACUCAGAACCUGGCAGUAAGGCCUAGAGCUCAUGGACCACCCUGGCCCAGGCCAGGCAGGGCCUUGGGAAGAGAAUGUAUACAUGCAGGCGCCACACUGAGGUUUGACUUUACAGGUGAGGACUAAGGCACCUGGAAAAUGUCAUUUUGUUGGAAAAUAAAAUUUAAGGUUA